GUGAGCACGCACACCUACAUAGUAGGUAACCAUCGGAUUUGAAGUAAGAGUUCCUUUGAGUUUUUGAACCGCUCCGGGCGUACGGAGCAUGGCGAAUGAAGAUCGGAGAGGAGAUCAGGAUGGCAACAGGAGCGGAGUUGGAAAUCGGGACCGUGACAGGGAUCGUGAUCGGUAUCGUGACCAAGACCAAGAACGAGGGCGGGAACUGAGCAGCGAUCGUGAUCGAGACCGUGAGCGGGGGCAAAGGCGUGGACCUCCUCGAUGUUUUCGGUGUAACCGAGUUGGGCACUACGCAAACCAGUGUAGCUGGUUUGAUGCUCCUACGACAUCCAGCGACUCCCAACGAGUAAGGUCGUCGUCACAGAGACGUGGACAUCAAGGACGUUCCGAUUCAUCCGGCGAAUCACGCCGUGCGCCUGAGAUGGAGAAUUUGGAACGUAACGUUGCCAGUUUGCAGGAGUAUAUUCAGCUAGAACGUGCGAAGAAGGAAGAGAAAGAAGCCAAGAAGAAGGCAAAGGUACUCGCCAAGCAACGUGAAGAAGAGGAGAGACUUGAGCGAGAGAGGAGCAUCGCCAAGAGGAUCGAGAAGGAGAAGCGUGCGGAAGUUAAGCAAAUGGAACUAGCCAAGAGUGUUGACAUCCAACUAUCUUUGAAGAUCGGUGAGUUACGAGAUGAAAUUCGGCAGGAACUAUGCCGGGUUAUUAAGGGAAAGAGCAAGGCGAAGGCGUCGACAUCCAGCGAUGAAGAUUCGGGGAGCGAUAGCGAUGAUGGUGGAUGCUUUGAGUUCAUAUUUCUACGUAGAUGGAAACCAGCUGGUGGACCAUACAAAGGCAUUCUGGUUUCGAUCCUGCGUAAUCCGAAGCAAUUGGAUUAUAUAUGGACUUGGAAGUUGAAUAAUCUUUUGAAACUAUAUAAUGUUGUCAAGGACUUCAGUCGUAAUUCCACCAGGUGUUAUCUUCGACAUUUGCUGGGGCGUGUCUUCCAUGAUAAGCAUGGCAUUCAUGUCAAUUCGGAUCUGGUUAUUCGUAUUGGGUUUGACGAUCGCAUUAAACUGUCUGAGGUACGGAAAGUGGUAAAUGAUGGGUUGAUGGAGUGUCAGCUCCCCUUGUGCUUUGCCAAGCGUGCGUGUCGAAAAGUUCGCACGGUCUGGACCAAGAAUCCUACCGUGGGGGACAUUCUGCACAAUCAGAGGACUUAUGCCUCUAAAAGUGCGCUAGCCUGUAGUUGUUCAGGCUUGUCCGCUCCUAAAGAGGAUGGACACGUGCGCUUCCGCUUGAGCACAGUCGAGGGUCUGCACCUGCUGAUGUAUAAUGCCAAUAACAUUCCAGUCGAUCGGAAGGAGAGUCGGAUCAUGAAGUUGCUUGAGGAAAUCAAGGCUGGGUUUUCUGAAUGGAAGAAUUGUGGUAGUGUACCUACACUAUGUGUUGAGGAUUUGUCGUCCUGCUUGGUUAAGGGUGAGGAUAUCCCUGUUGGUUCCUUACCCCGAUCUGUAGUCGACGGCUGCAAGAAGCGUCGUGAUGGUCUGGUCAUGACACCGCUUGACCGUAACACCGCUGAAACUCUUGUGCUUUGCCCUCAAGUCUACUACGAAGCUAUGAUGAACACAUUUGUUCGUAACUCAGGCUAUGUAGUAGUUGACCAACCUGAGUAUCAAGUUUUGAUGACAGUUUGGGAGGAGGCACUGCUUUUAGAUUUGAGAUAUUUUGUCAAGUGGGACAAAUCAGGGUCCAUGGGUUCCUCGUAUGUGCUGCCGAAGCACAAGGAUCUGGAUAGGUACCGCCCCAUUUGCCCUACGUUCAAGGAGCCAAUGGUUAGGACAGGUCCGCCGAGAAAGCCUCCAUGGAUUCCGGAUGCUCAUCCCCCACCGCCAAGUAAUGGUUUUAACGAUGGCCGGUUUAAUGGACCAGAUACUGGAUUCUCAGUGGCUACCGCUCACCCAAUGCCUACAGGGUCUGUGCCGUUUUCAGGUCCUGGUCCAGGAGCAGGUACAGUUCCAUUACAUCCAAUGCAGGGAACGAGAAUGCCCCCAAGGCCGCCUUUCCAUGGCGACAGUUUUUCAGGAGGGCAGUCCGUUGGAAGUGGGGGAUUAUCCGAUAGUAGUCGGCAACCGAAUGUGGAGCAGACGGUGAAUCAUUUCGCUCCAACGCCUACUCCUCCGUUCAGUCACGAACUGACUCCUCAAUAUGCAUAUGGUGGAAGAUCGGGUCCAAAUUCGCGAACAAGCAGCCAGCCCGAUACCGCCUUCACAGAUGAGACGGUGGUGCAUGCAAUUAACCCAGGAACACCGAUGCAGAAGCCGCCUCUAGCCCCGCCAUGGCUGGCCCGUAGUAACCCCACCACGCCGGACACGGGGUUUUCCAUGAUGCCUCCCACAGACGAGACGAUCAUCCAUCCCAAUUGGGAGCCCGGUAAGGGCACAACGGCCAAACUGGAACCGGGAAGACCAAGGGGUAGCGUGCAUCCCGUUAACCAGCCGAGAGAUGGCAGGCCUACCGGUUCCAUCGGUAGCCAGAGUGGAUUUCUGGGAGCGGCGGGAAAUUUGCCGGUCCCAAAUCCGUUGACAGAUGAGACGAUAAUCCACGAAGGGCCACCACCCGUGGUCAGUGCAAGGACCCUGUUUCCCAUGCCUGUGGAAAGCUCUAGAAGCUAUGGUGGGGCAGGUGGAGCCCCACGUUGGGUGGUUCACCCUCGUGCCCCUUCUCCCAUGAGUAGCCGAAGUGAGGGGGCAGCCAGGGUACCCGAGCCUAGUGAUAGAGCGCGACAGGAUCAACAAGGUGAGGAGAAGGAUGGAAACUUCUUAACUCAUGGGAGUGAGCAUUCGGUCUCUUCUAGGCCCACGGAUUCGCUCCCAGCGGACAGCAAGCCCCUCCAGUAUCCUCUCCAGUACGAACCGACCACUAACGAGGUGCCGACGUGGAUUCUCGGAGCACCGAUUGAACGACCGUCAACGCUAAGUUCCGACAAUGUUGCAGAUAAAGUUAUUGGUGACGAUUCAAGUGUUGGCUCGGUACACUCUUCUGGUGUGCAAACCUAUGGUAAUGGACGCACUUCAACGGUUGGGAGUGUGGUUGCCGCAGCCGACCCUCCCCAUCCAAGUACACCUCCUUCUCCUCCUCCUCCUCCCCCCCCUGCUCUUCCUCCUGCUUCUGGUUCUCCUUCUACUUCUCCCCGUCCUUGUCCUCCACUGCCACCGGUACUUUUUCAGAGUGACAUUGAUGCUCCUGGGGCCGUUUGGGCUGAUCAGAAAUGGCCACGUAAACUCCGCUACGACGAGGUGUGCGCGAUAACGACUGAUUUCUCUCCACAGUCAAUCAUUGGCAGUGGAGGGUUCGGAAAGGUGUUCAAAGGCACUCUCCCUUCUGGAAAGCUGGUUGCUGUCAAGCGGAUGGAGCAGGGUAAACAGGGCAAACACGAGUUCCAAAAUGAGAUGGAGCUGCUGCAACGUGUCAGUCAUCCCAACCUUGUGGCGAUUCUUGGGUGGUGCAACGACAAGGAAGAAAGGCUCCUCGUGUACGACUACAUGCCAAACGGCUCUCUGCACAGCUUGCUACAUGGUAAUAGAAUAGACGCUGCAACACUCUCGUGGCGGCUCCGCAUAAGAAUGCUGUUGGAUAUUGCCAGAGGGCUAAGCUAUGGACUCGCAAGAGCCAACGCCCACCCCCUGAUUUUCGUCCCAGACUUCUUCUUUCCCGCCUUUGCAUUCAUAGAGGUCGCCGUUGCCCUCGUCGUUGACUCAGACUGUCCACCACUAACAUCCUUUCGUUUGUCGGAAGAGGGAGCCGCCCCAUCUGGGAAAGCAGUAGAAGACGUGGCAGUUGUGGAUGACUUGGCAGCAGACGCCCUCUUGGCAGCAGAUGCCGUGACAGCAGCUGAUGAGGCAGCAGAUGAUGACGUAGCAGCAAAUGGCUUGGUAGCAAAUCGCUUGGUAGCAAAUGAAUUGGCAGCAGAUGACGUGGCAGCAGAUGACGUAGCAGCAAAUGGCUUGGCAGCAAAUGGUACCGGUAGGGGCAUCUCGAAAAUUUCCUGCUGGCUUUUAACGGCCAUCCGGUAGGGGCAUCCCGCAAAUUAGGGGCUGGUACUGGUAGAAACGAAAAGAUUUGAGGCCCAAACGACACC